AUGGUUGCUUCAGAGGAGAUUGACGAUGCCUAUUGCCCUGUGGAUGAAGAAGAUAAAAUCCGUCAAGCCUACUAUAUCGGUGGAGAUGCUUCCUUCGAACUAAGAGUACAGUGGGGAUAUUCAAGAUGUAAUACUUUUGCCAACAUUCAUUGCAGACCUGAUAUUCCAAAAGAAUUUACCAUCCAUGGUUUAUGGAGGGACAAUGGAUAUAAUCAGGGACCACCAUUAGUGAACACUGUGUUCGAAACAAGAAAGAUAAAUAAGAAACUUCAAGAGAAGAUGAAAAAGUGUUGGCCAAGCAUGGAUCUUCGUAAUGGAGAAGUAAAUGACACUUAUUUCUGGUCGCAUGAGUGGGUUCGUCAUGGCCAGUAUACUGGCUGGUCUCAAGGUUGUUAUUUUGCAGAGGCGGUAAACCUAUUUGAGAAGCAAGAAAUAACCGGUGUUAUACUCAGACGUUUCCCUCCUGGACCUACCCAAACUCUUAGUGUGAGGGAUUUGGAAAGAGGCGUUCAUGCUGAGAAAAAUAUCAUUGUGUUUGUGAAGUGCAACACCAACAAGGAUGAUGAACAACAGUUGCAAGAAAUUGGCAUUUAUUAUCUCUAUAAAGGAGGCAAAUGGUCUGCAAUUGACCACCCAAAGCAAUCAGAGUGCGAUUCCAACAUUCCCAUGGUCUUUCCGUACGAAUGA